AUGUUGAGCAGGAUAUGCAGUUUGCAAUUUGCAUGCAUGUUUGAUGAACACGGACAGCAGUUGGAGUGUCCAAGUCUCCCUUUAGGACCCGCACCUUCCACUGAGCCAGCACAAGUAAAUCCGCCAUUGCCAGUGGCACCAUCUUUUAUGCGAAAUGUUCGUCCAGAAGUGGUCGUUGUCGUUGCGCGGUUAUAUGAGGAGAACGGCAACGAGUACUUGUUGGCGGACCAGCGUGAACUACAUCACGAGGAGGUGGUGGCGAGUUCGAGUGGUGGUGCUGUGCGAGGCGACCGCGGUGCUCGCGUCUCCGCCUCCUCAUCGUGGCGGCGCGGCGACCACCUUGUACGAGUAUGUAUGAUGCUUUUGCACAAAAUUGGUACGAAACAAAUACACAUGAGCUAUUUACCCUGUUUUCUUUUUGGAUGA